ACAGGGGGAAUGUUUUUCUAGCUUCAUUCACUGAAGAUGUGCAAGAUCUCUUACAGGUUUGAAUCCUCAGACCAACUUCGGACAGGACUCCAUGACCACCUCAAAGCCGAUGUUUCCUGUCACCGAGUAGACAGUCUGGUGGUCCAGGACAUGCCCCGGCUCUAGUGAUGCAGAUUUCCUUUCUGCUCCUGGCAUCUCAUCUGUGCCUCAGCCUUUCUCCUCCCUGCCUGAGACUGCAGAUAACUGGGAAUGUGGGAAAGCGGGAAGCAAAGCUAGGGGGAGCUGAGAGGCCCGUGUCUGGGUAGAAGCAAGCCCAGGACCACAACGCUGCCUCUCCCCUGGUCUGGAGUUCAGUUGCCGUGGCUCUGCUGAUGUGCUCAGGACCAGCCUUACAUCUGUGCUUAAAUGGCACAGCAUUUGGUCAGCGCAUCUGAAAAGGAAGGUGUGAGAAGCAAAGCCCAUGGCCACCUACCCCUGCCAAUUAUGUGGCAAGACGUUUCUCACCCUGGAGAAGUUCACUAUCCACACUUAUUCUCACUCCAGGGAGCGACCGUACAAGUGCUUGCAGCCAGACUGUGGCAAAGCCUUCAUUUCCAGAUAUAAAUUAAUGAGGCACAUGGCUACCCAUUCACCCCAGAAAUCUCACCAGUGUGCUCACUGUGAGAAGACGUUCAACCGGAAAGACCACCUGAAGAACCACCUCCAAACUCAUGACCCCAACAAGAUGGCCUUUGGGUGUGAGGAGUGUGGCAAGAAGUACAACACCAUGCUGGGCUACAAGAGGCACCUGGCCCUCCACGCGGCCAGCAGCGGCGACCUCACCUGUGGGGUCUGUGCCCUGGAGCUAGGGAGCACAGAGGUGCUGCUCGACCACCUCAAAGCCCACGCCGAAGAGAAGCCCCCUGCUGGAACCAAGGAGAAGAAGCACCAGUGUGACCACUGCGAAAGAUGCUUCUACACGCGGAAGGACGUGCGGCGCCACCUGGUGGUCCACACAGGCUGCAAGGACUUCCUGUGCCAGUUUUGUGCCCAGAGGUUUGGGCGCAAAGACCACCUCACACGACAUACCAAGAAGACACACUCACAGGAGCUGAUGAAAGAGAGUUUGCAGGCUGGAGACCUUCUGAGCACCUUCCACUCCAUCUCGCCCCAGUUUCAACUGAAGGCUGCCCCGUUGUCUCCUUUCCCUUUAGGAGCUCCUGCACAGAACGGGCUUGCAGGUAGCUUGCCAGCUGAGGUACACAGCCACACCCACCACCCCUCGGAGCAAACCUCCCAGCCUGUACCACCGCUGCCAGAGCCCCUUGCCUCCCUCCACCCCGUAGCAUCUCCUAGCUCUCCUCCUCCACCCCUCCAGAAUCACAAGUACAACACCAGUUCUACCUCAUACUCCCCACUUGCAAGCCUGUCCCUCAAAGCAGAUACUAAAGGAUUUUGCAAUAUCAAUUUGCUCGAGGACUUGCCUCUGCAAGAGCCUCAGUCACCUCACAAGCUCAGCCCAGGUUUUGAUCUGGCGAAGGGAAGUGCUGGUAAAGUGAACCUACCCAAGGAGCUCCCUGCAGAUGCUGUGAACCUAACCAUACCUGCCUCUUUGGACCUUUCCCCCCUGUUGGGCUUUUGGCAGCUGCCCCCUCCUGCUACCCAGAAUGCCUUUGGGAAUAGCACUCUCACCCUGGGGCCCGGGGAGUCUCUGCCCCAUAGGUUAAGCUGUCUGGGGCAGCAGCAACAAGAUCCCUCACUAGCCAUGAGCACUAUGACCCUGGGCCAGCUCCCCCUCCCGCCCAUCCCCCAUGUGUUCCCAGCUGGCACCGGUUCAGCUAUCCUGCCUCAUUUCCAUCAUGCGUUCAGAUGACUGGUUUUGAGAGCAUACUCUUCUCAUCCUGAAAGAUGUUUUAAGGAGCAUUUUAAACAUCAGUUACAAUACAAGGAAAGCUUUGGAAAGCAGGACUGGGAAUAUGGCUUCUUCAGUGAUGACUGGCUUUAGACAAGAGAGUUCUCGAACUGCGUGUAUUGUGCCAAUCUGUCCUGAGUGUUCAAGCUUUGUACCAAAUUUAAGAAGCAAGUAUUCUUUAAUGGAACUGCGACUAUUGUCAUAACCGACAUCCAGAGGGCUGCUAUAUCUAGGUGUUCGUCAACGUGAAUUUUAAUCGUAAGCCAUGAUCAUAAUAAUGUUAACUAAGUAACUUUAUGUGGCACUGCCUAGUAAGGGAACUAUGGGAAGGUUUGGAUUCCUCCACAAUGGGAGAAUUUUUCAAAUAAGAGAAUAACCUUUAUAUCGCAUAUUAUAACUAGGCUGUGUAUUUCUUUUCAGGGAUUUUUCUACCUUCAGGGUUGGAUGUAGUUUAGUUUCUAUUGCCAUAGCCAACCUGUAGUUUUACAGAAACAAUGUCUUGUGGAAUAAUAGACGUCUCCAUUUUAAAAAAGCAUUUUAAAUGUAGUUUGAAUAUUUUCCACAAGAUGCUACAAUGUGAGUUAUCACUUCAUUUAUCUUAAAGACUAAACUGGUUGUCAGUUACAUCUGACAGAAAAAAAAAUCACUGUGUAACCAGGUUAAGUGGUAAAAUAAUCCAGGCGUCAGUCAAAAAAGCAUUUCGCUGACUUUAAUACUGAUUAUAUUUUUAACAGGAAUUUAAGAAAAUAUUACUGGAAUUUAAAUAUAUAUAUAUAUAUUAAAAAAACAAGAAUUUUCUUUGCUCUGUCUGGCUUAAAAUACUACUCUGCUUAAGUAUUAUUUUUAAUCACCAAUAAAUAAAUGCAUUUUAAAUUCAUCAUUUAAGUCAAUAUUAGUUUUAUUCAAAAGGGAUAACAUUUUGCAAUGUAAUUAUAAUCUAUCUCUUGAAUUUGGUAUCUAAUGAGUUUUAAAAAUAUAAAACCUAACCUUUUUUUAAAGCUCCUUUGUCUUUUGUGUUUAGAGGCUUUCUAUAUGAAGAUAUAUCUUACAUAUAAUAAACUCUACAAAUCCUG